AUGGCGUUUUCGAUCGAAGUUCCUGGUGAGGCAGCUCCUCUUAAUCCUCAACAGGUGUAUCUAGCCUUGCAGUCGGCAGGGUCCUCUCAACAACUAGCUAUACAAACCGGAACACAACAACUUGAAGCCUGGAAGACACAGAGAGGAUACUAUACUUUACUGCAGGCAGUUUAUCUCGAUAAGUCCCUACCCUCCGAAAUAAGAUAUCUUGCGGUCAUACAAUUAAAGAAUGGCAUCGACAAAUACUGGCGGAAGACAGCUCUCAAUGCUAUGAAUGCGGAAGAGAAAGAGAAUAUUCGAUCACGUUUGCUGGAUAGCGGAUUCGAGGAAGCUGAUCCACAACUUGCUUUACAAAAUGCAUUGGUGAUUUCGAAAGUAGUCCGAGUGGAUUAUCCUAUGGAUUGGCCGGAUGUCCUUACGAAUUUAAUCAGGAUGCUUCGAACGGCAAACGAAACGAAUCAACUCCAUCUACGACGAGGAAUGUUAAUAUUAUUACAGAUUGUGAAAGAAUUGGCUACCGCACGAUUAAGGAGAUCGCAAACAAGCUUACAAUCGGUCACGCCAGAAAUGGUAUUCUUGCUGGGCAGUAUUUACACCCAAAAGGUUUCACAAUGGCUUAGUUUCUUCACCGAGAAAUCUUUAGAUGAUCAAGGCGGAGCUUUAGAUGCCAUGGAAAAUAGUCUGAUUGCGAUAAAGAUCCUUCGAAGACUACUUAUUGUGGGUUAUGAAUAUCCAAAUCAUGAUAAAGAUGUCCAGCAAUUAUGGCAGCAAUCGCAGCAACAGUUCGGGCAGCUUCUCACAAUAGUAAAUGAAGAACCAGCAGUUUUGGCGUCUCCUGCAAAAGAACUGGCUGAGAAGCAUCUCGUCCAAUUUGCAAAACUCCAUGUGCAAAUGUCAAACACACAUCCUGCUGCGUUCGUACUCUUGCCUAACUCCAUCGAUCUGGUAAGGGCAUAUUGGGGGUUUGUUGCUAAAUUUGGAGACUCUUACGGAUCAGAAACACAUGAUUUCAGUUCUGAGGCGUUGGCAGCUGAUGAUGGGUCUAAACAAGAUAGACCAAUCAUGGAAAAGCUAUGUCUAAAGGGUCUGACACUUUUGCGAGCUUGUAUGAAAAUGGCUUUCAGUCCAACACAAUCGUUCAAAUACCGAACUGCCGAAGUCAAAGAAGAACAGCAGCAAGCUGUUGCAUUCCUCAAAGCGCAAUUGCUUACCGAACAAUUAGUAGCCGAAAUGGCAAGUGUUAUUGUUACUAAAUUCUUCGUUUUCCGUCAAGUUGAUCUAGAGUCCUGGGAAGAAGAUGAAGAUGAAUGGGAGAUACGCGAAGAGGGCGGCGGAGAUACUUGGGAAUUUGAAGUUCGACCUUGUGCGGAGAAGCUAUUCAUGGACCUCGUUAUCAACUUCAAAGAUCUUCUGAUGGCACCAUUGCUACAAUAUUUUCAGUCUGUUACAGGUAGUAACGGGAAUUCUGUUGUCACUAAAGAUGCUGUAUACACUGCCAUGGGAUUAUCUGCUGCCGUUAUCCAUCAAAGUUUCGACUUUGAUACAUUCCUUACGUCAACUCUAGACAAUGAUGUUCGGCAAACCGGCCAAGGCUGGAAGGUACUUCGUCGACGCAUUGCUAUUCUUCUUGGCCAAUGGAUCCCUGUCAAAAUAUCACAAGCUAAUAGGCCAUUGGUAUAUCAAAUCUUUCAACAUCUACUGAACAUUGAAGAUGAGACAAAUGAUCACGUUGUUCGCAUUACUGCCGCUCGUCAAUUUAAGGCAGUUGUUGACGAUUUCGAUUUCCAGGUUGAAUCUUUUCUACCAUAUGCUCCUAACAUUCUUGGUCGCACUAUGGAUUUGAUUCAGGAGGUUGCAAACACGGAAACAAAGUUAAUGAUAUUGGAAACGAUCCGAAUGAUUGCUGUCAGGCUGGACACUCAUAUAUCUCCAUAUGCCGAUGAAAUUGUUUCUAUUUUGCCCGCUCUUUGGGAGGCUUCUGGAGAAGAACACCUUCUCAAACAGGCUAUAUUAACAAUCAUGUCUACUCUCGUUACUUGUAUGCAAGGAAAAUCUGAACGAUACCACUUGCUAAUUUUACCUCUAAUUCAACGUGCUGUGGAGCCCGGUUCAGAAAUGCAGGUAUACCUCAUGGAGGAAGCUCUCGAUUUAUGGUCGCAAAUUCUUGCGCAGUCGUCAUCACCAGCCUCCCCUGAAGUCCUAGCUCUUGUGGACUGCGCCUUCCCUUUACUCGAGAUCGGCUCCGACAACCUUCGGAUGGUCCUUAACAUUGUGAAUCAAUACAUUCUAUUAGCACCGGAAACCAUGCUCGGCGACGCGACCAGACUUCGCAUUCUCUUACACAUGGCCAAUCUUUUGGGAGUCACGAAACGCGACCUCGCUGGAAUAGUCACCACAACCGUCGAAGACUUGAUCCGCGCUGCUGAAAAGCUUGGCGGCUCAAACGGCGUAACACAAAUCACGAAAGAUCUUCACGAAUCCGGCUACACGGAAAAGAUAUUCUCAGGACUCCACGACGCAUGGGAAGCUCAUCAAACUACCGGUCCCGACCGCAAGUAUCCAAAAUUAGACGACGUAGUUGAAACAGACUACUUUACCAUUCUCGCCCGCAUCGCACUCGCAGAUCCGGCCGUCUUCGCUAACCUCCUUGCCAGUAUGGAUAACGGCAACCUUGAACAUAUCUGGAAAUGGCUAAGCGAAGAAUGGUUCCGUCAUUUCGACAGUAUGGCAAACAUAGAACGACAAAAAUUAUCUUGUCUCGCCCUGACCCGUCUCCUCGAACUCCCUCCCCCCAUGACUCCGAUCAUACUUUCGAAACUUCAAGAUUUUUUUGCAAUGUGGACAAGUGUCAUCAAUGAAAUGAUGGCGGGUAGAGAUGAUAUUGGAGGGGAUAAUUUGAUUUGGGGGGAACAGACUCCAUAUGCAGGGGAGAGUCAGGAGGACAAGAGAAAAAGGGAGUGGAAGAUGGUGGAUCCGAUUCAUCAAGUUAAUACAUGGGAGGUUGUUAAGGGGUAUUUGGGAGAGGUAGUGCGGGUUUGUGGAGGUGAAGAAAUAUUUCAGAGGGAUUGGGCAGUUAAUGUUGAUAGGGAUGUACUUGAUGGGUGGAGUAAACUGGGAGAGAAGACUGAACAUGAGUAG